CUCAGUUCAGGAAGAAGAAAUAAUGGCGACGCUUGUGGGGUCCGAGUCCCCUUGUACUGGAGCAAAACGAAGAAGUUGUCACAGCAAUAUUGUCACUAAGUUCACGACCAGUAAAAUUAGUGGCCAGGCUUUCAGUCGAGGCACACAGUUGCCAGGAGGUUUGCUCCUGGAGAGAGAUAAACGGGCCAAGUGGAAUGGCAUCCCUACUCUGCUGCAGAAGCUCUAUGAGAGCAGCCAUCCCAACAGUGACCUCUCCCACGCCCACAGCUUUCUUAAGGUAUUAUCAUCUCAGCUCUCCAUGGAGGCCAUGUCCUUUGUCACAGAGGACAGGAAGACCGCUCAGGAAUCCACCUUUCCCAACACACACACCUUUGACCUUUUUGGUGGAGUCGAUCUGCUUGUGGAAAUCUUGAUGAGACCCACACUAACUAUGCAGAAGAAAAAACCCAAAAUGAAUGAUGACCUGGUCAAGGACUGCCUUAGCGUUCUCUACAACUGUUGUAUAUGUACGGAGGGUGUUACAAAGAGCCUGGCAGCGAGGGAUGACUUUGUUUUGUUUCUCUUCACCCUGAUGACAAAUAAGAAGACCUUCCUGCAGACUGCUACCCUUAUUGAAGAUAUUCUCGGAGUCAAAAAGGAGAUGAUCCAGUUAGAAGGUAUCCCCAACCUGUCAGGUCUGGUCCAAAGCUUUGAUCAACAACAGCUGGCCAACUUCUGCCGCAUCCUGUCCGUCACUAUCUCAGAACCGGAUGUAGGAAAUGACGACAAGCACACCCUGCUGGCCAAAAAUGCCCAGCAGAAACGUAAUGCUAGCCCCUCACGGGCAGAGGUCAAUCAGGUAACUCUGCUGAACAUCCCGGGGUUUAUCGAGCGGCUGUGUAAGCUGGCCACUAGGAAGGUGUCGGAGGCCACAGGAGCUAACUUCCUGCAGGAGCUUGAGGACUGGUACACAUGGUUGGACAAUGCUCUUGUACUGGACGCACUUAUGCAGAUGGCCACUGAGGAGGCGGAACAAAGCAGUACAGAGUCUUCAGAUGAGAGUUCACUGGCUACAAGCCCAUUGAGACAUCAGCUGCCUCAGUCCAUGAAGAUUGUUCAUGAGAUCAUGUAUAAAGUGGAGGUGCUCUAUGUGCUGUGUGUCCUCCUCAUGGGCCGACAGAGGAACCAGGUCCACAAGAUGCUGGCUGAGUUCCGACUCAUCCCUGGACUCAAUAACCUGUUUGACAAGCUGAUCUGGAGGAAAUACACCGCUUCCAAUCAUGUGGUGCACGGCCAGAAUGAGAACUGCGAUUGUAGUCCAGAAAUAUCUUUUAAAAUCCAGUUUUUGCGGCUGCUCCAGAGUUUCAGUGAUCAUCAUGAGAACAAGUAUCUUCUACUGAAUAGUCAGGAACUGAAUGAACUGAGUGCUAUAUCCAUGAAGGCUAACAUCCCGGAGGUGGAAGCUCUGGUCAACACAGACAGGAGCUUAGUGUGUGAUGGGAAGAAAGGCCUUCUCACACGUCUCCUCACUGUCAUGAAGAGAGAGCCUCCAGACUCAUCUUUCAGAUUCUGGCAGGCAAGGGCAGUGGAAAGUUUUCUCAGAGGAGCCACCUCUUAUGCAGACCAAAUGUUCCUGUUGAAGAGAGGAUUACUUGAGCACAUCCUGUUCUGCAUCAUAGACAGUGGCUGCACAUCCAGAGAUGUUCUGCAGAGCUACUUUGACCUGCUGGGCGAGCUCAUGAAGUUCAACAUUGAUGCCUUUAAAAGAUUCAACAAAUAUGUUAACACUCCAGAGAAGUUUCAGACCUUCCUGACGCAGAUCAACAGCUCCUUGGUGGACUCUAACAUGUUGGUGCGCUGCAUCGUCCUUUCAUUGGACCGCUUUGAGAGCCAGACUGAAGAUGUCAAAGUGGUGGAGGUUCUCUCCGAGUGCUGCCUGCUGUCCUACAUGGCCAGAGUUGAGAACAGGCUCUCCUUCCUCUUUCGACUGAUCAACAUCAUCAACGUACAGACUCUCACACAGGAGAAUGUGAGCUGUCUAAACACCAGCUUGGUCAUCUUGAUGCUGGCCAGAAGAAAGGCUAAACUGCCCUUCUACCUCAACGCUCUGCGGGAGAAGGAGUACGCUGAGAAGUACCCAGGCUGUCUGCUCAACAACUUCCACAACCUGCUGCGCUUCUGGCAGCGCCACUACCUCAACAAGGACAAAGAUAGCACCUGUCUGGAGAAUAGCUCCUGCAUCCCCUUCAGCUACUGGAAGGAGACGGUGUCAGUGUUGCUGGUCUCAGACAGGACUUCUCUGUGCGCCAUAGCCAGCUACAUUGAUGAGCCUUUCAUGGAUCUGGACAGAGACCUGCUGGAGGAUUGACCAGCAGCAUGUGCACUCAUGGUGCUAAGGGUGAAGCAGGGCAGCGGGGGUCACAGGGAGUACGGACACCUUAAGCUGGUGAUGAUGACUCCACUGAGCUGAGCCAUUCAGGCGCCUUUGACUGUGUUACUGGAUGUAAAGACUCACCCGUUUGCAUGGAGGCUGUCAUCACAGAUGGACGAGGACCUAAAUAACCUGUCUAUCAUCUUCUCACUGACUCACUGCUCUUCGUCUAAGAGAACCUGUACGCCCAUCCCAGAAUCAGCGACGCCGUUUAACCGAGGGAACGUUGGGACGUUACACCUGCUUUGGUUGUUUGCUUUAGGUGUAAUUCAGAUAGACUUUUAUAUAACCUCUACAAAAUUCUAUCAAGAAAACAAAGUGUAUGAUUCAACAAAUGAUAUGUUAUAAAAUAUGAAAUGUCAUGGACACGGUUGGUUAAAGGCCACAUUAGUCAUCCACAUAUGUAAGUUAGUGGUUAGAGGUUCCUUCCCCUCUGUCUCAGUGCCACUCCACUGCCUGACCUGUAGGGGGAGCCAGUGAGACGGGACUUUUUUGUAAGGGUCUUGUCAGUAAACAGCAUUUUUUUUAACCUGUCUGUGGGAUUUUUAUUAGGUGGCUGACGUUCAUUGGUGCUUUCUGGCUCGUCUCGGAACAUUAAGGUUGUGGGUCAGCCGAUCGCUCUGGGCUCCUUUCACCGAACACCAUCCACUGUGUCGUUGCUUCCGAAGCUUCACACAGAGACUCGUCCCUUUUCCCAGGUUAUUUUCUGACCUGUUUUUGUGUUGUUGUGGCUUUUAGCUCUGGAUAAACUGUAGAAUAAAACAUUGCACAGAUGAAAUUGCUCAUAUUGUUUAUUAUAUUUUAACACGUGUUGAUUAAAACACCAUUAUUUGUCCAGAAUUUGUACCCAUGCUGUGAGAGAUGCUUUGGGAAAGCUUUGAGAAUAAACUAUGCAGGUGUUGGUGUUAACAUAGAACUCUGAAUGGUUUCACAUCCACACAUGGGUUCUUUUCCAACAUGGUCAUCAUAGGUCUCUUUCUUUGGUUUUCCUCAAAAUCUGCGAUGCGACCGCGCACCGAGAAUGACAAUCCUUCUCUGUGACCGCUCUGUUGAUUGAGCAUUAGCACAGAGAGCACCUGUGUUUGUGAGUCUGCGGCCUGAUGUGCAGCUGCAGAUGGAACAGACAUGUAGUGUCUGGCAUUGAACACGGCCCCGACCCAUGACAAAGUACAAAUGAAUGAGCUACCUCAUAAUUUAUCCUUAAAGCAUACAGAUCAAAUCACUUCUGAUGACACGUGUACAGUCUGACUCCCAACGUUGUCAUGAGCCAUGACAUAUCCAUGUCCAUGUAAAUGUGUAAGGGUGUUUCUAUAGUCUACUCCUGAUGCUUCGGCUAACUAUUGCUAUGCUGCCUUUGGAUGCAAACACGUCCUUUUCCCACUCCUCAAGCCUUGUAUUUGCUUUGAAGCUAAAUCACCAGAAAUGUCUCCUUGUUUUCUAGCUUUCAAUCGGCAUGUCUUAAGAAUCUCUUGAAUAGUUAUGCACAUUCUUUGGAGGCUUAGUUCUUCUCUGUUGUCCUUUGCAGUGAAGUUGAUGCAAGCACACUUUGUUUUCACAGGUUCUCGGCUUCUGACUGGAUGUAAAGUGAAAAUAAUUGUUUAUUGACCUGAUGUGACUUAACAUGGGCUUUAUCUGCAUUGGUGUUAAGAUUAAUAAUGCUCACCAUGAUGUAAAUCCCUCUCAUCACUUCAGCAGUGUGUUGCUAUAAAAACAUGAAUGCUGUGAGCUCUACAGUCCCUGA